AUGAAGCAGAAACAGCAGCAGCGCAGCAGCUUUAAGCACACGGUCAGUGACGCUGCUGAGGAAUUCUCCACUGUUGGUCCUGGAUAUAGCCCUGAUGCGAGCUGCUGCUCUUCUUCACCAGGCGCGCGUCAUCAGAGCGCGCCGGGCGUGAGCGAGGACGCGUGUACGCGCAGCAGCAGCACGUGCACAGCAGCAGAAAUGGCGACUCAAGCAGCAGAAGUCAUAUUCGCGCAGAAACUCGCGGCCAACGAGAAGAGCGUGAGGAGCAAAGCCCUGCUGAAGCUCAGGAAAUACAUCCGCAUCCGCUCCGAGAGAGCGCCAGGAGGCUUCAGUGAGGAGGAGCUGCUGAAGAUCUGGAAGGGUCUCUUCUACUGUCUGUGGAUGCAGGAUCUGCCUCUGCUGCAGGAGGAGCUGUCCACCAAGAUCUCAGCGCUGCUCUUCAGCUUUCGCACCGUUGACAGUCAGUUUCUGUUCUUCAAGACGUUCCUGCAGACCAUGAAGAGGGAGUGGAACGGCAUCGACAGACUGAGACUGGACAAAUUCUACCAGCUCGUGCGCUUCAUCUUCCGCCAAAUGUUUGAGAUGCUGAAGAAGCAGGAGUGGGAGCCCAGUGUGUUGCAGGAGUUCCUCCAGCUGUUCUCAGAUCAGCUCCUGCAGAGCUCCAGCGCAGCUCCAUCAGGACUCAUAAUGCACAUCAUGGAGCUCUACAUGACGGAGCUGGCUGCAGUCGGAGCCGCAGAGCUUACUGCGGCGCAGAACCUGUCCCUGAUAGAGCCCUUCUGCCGGACGAUGUCCAGAACCAGAGAUCGAGUCCUGCUAAAGGCCAUCGGCAGCAGCAUCUUCAGCACCAUCGUGGACCAGGUGCCCUUCGCCAUCGCGGACCUGCUGCGGGAGAUCAGCACCACAGAAGAAGAAGACCAGGACGGAGAGACACAGACCAAUGAUGCUGAGGAGAACACUUCACAUCCAGGAGAAGACCCGGGGGGUAAAGGCUCUGAUGAAGCUGUUCUCCAGUUUGACUAUGGAGCCGUUGCAGACAGACUCUUCGAGGUUGCCAGUCACUCAAACAUCCCGAGCUUCAACCGCUCCCAGAUCUACAAGUUUGUGAAAGUAUUUCGGGACCUGAGUGAAGGUGUGUUCCCUCAGGAUGAGGUGGAGGACGUGUCGUCUGAUGAAGAUGAGUUUGAUGAUGACAGACGGAGGAAGAAGAAGAAGAAGAAGAGCAGCAGCAGACAGCAGGACUCGCUGAACACACACACAGGUGAAGCAGAGACCAGCACACCUGCAGACGACAAACCCAAGAACAAGAAGAGGAGGAAGAAGAAGAAGAAGAGCGGCUUGAAGAGUGUGGAGGAGCCGGAGAACUGCGCUGCACCACAGACUCCAGCAGAAGACCAGAAGAAGAAGAAGAAGACACAACAACACACCGAGACUGCAGACGGAGGACAGCAGCGCUCAGAAGCACACACCACCCCCGCACUGAUGGAGGACGAUGGAGGAGCUCCUGCAGAGAAACCACAGAAGAAGAAGAAGAGGAAGAUGCAGACGCCAGCUAAAGCAGACCAACACACACUGAUGAAGAGGAGGAAGAAGAGUCUGCACACACACACCAAUGGAGACACUCCGAUAGAGGAGACCACCGCGGAGAAACCACAGAAGAAGAAGAAGAAUAUUCAGAAACCGCUGAACGGACACACACAGCUGACCACAGAGAAACCACAGAAGAAGAAGAAGAAGAAUAUUCAGAAACUGCUGAACGGACACACACAGAAACCACAGAAGAAGAAGAAGAUGAUGAUGAUGCAGAUCACAGACACACAGCUGACCACCGAGAAACCACAGAAGAAGAAGAUGAGCCAGAAGCGGGCCGCAGCGGCGCUGGUGAACGGACACACGGAAGCUGAAGAUCCAGCACUUCCUGUCAGCACAGACCGGAAGAUGAAGAAGAAGUUUGUGCUGAGCCAGAAGAAAGCUCCAGCGCCGCUCUUCUGUAAAGGGCUUAAAAACACACGGAUCUCAGCCGCUGCCAAGACCGACAGGAAGAAAGUCACGUUCGGCCUCAAGAACAACAAAACUGUGGAGUUCAGGAAGACGGACCGCAGCGCUCUGCUCAGUCCCGACCGUCUGCCCUUUGACCCCAGCCGGACGCCCAAAUCUGGGGUGCUGAAGACACCGUCUCCCUCCGCCAUGAAGAGGCCCUCGGCUGCAGACUUCUUUUGAAUAAAGAGUGUGUGUGUGUGUGUGUGUGAUGUCUGCACUAUAGAGCGUGCGCACACACACAUUUUAUACUCCUGUUUUCCCGCCCUCAGAGUUCUGCUUUAUUUUUAGCAUGGCUUAAUUUCAGACUGUUUUGAAUAUUCAUGAGUUCCUCCUCCAAUGGGAGAGCAGAGAGGAUUAUUAUGAGAUGUAAGUACAGGAAGUCGUGCUCUGGACGGAGCGUCUGUAAACUAAAAACUGAAGUGUGUGAGAAUAAACCUCCGAGAUGUUCUUCA